AUGGUUGUUCCUGGAGGGACAAAGGAAACACUUGCUGACAUUCCGCACCAUGUGUGGAAGAGCUUGCCCGACAGCAUGAGACUAAGCCCCUCUGCUGUUGAUCAAAGUCGCAUUGGUGUCUGGGCCUCUUGGUUCAUCCCUAAAGGCAAGAGGUUCGGCCCGUUUGUAGGAGAGAAGAAAAAGAGGUCCCAGGUGUCCAGCAAUGUUUACAUGUGGGAGGUGUAUUUUCCCGCCAGGGGCUGGAUGUGUGUGGAUGCCACAGACCCCAUGAAGGGGAACUGGCUACGGUAUGUAAACUGGGCAAACUCCACUCAAGAACAGAACCUUUUCCCCAUGGAGAUAAACCGAGCCAUUUACUACAAAGUGUUACAGCCAAUUGGGCCAGGGGAUGAGCUGCUAGUGUGGUACAAUGGGGAAGACAACCCUGAGAUAACAGCUGCAUUAGAGGAAGAAAGAGGCAGCAGUCUGAGCAAGAAAAAUUCACCCAGGGCAAAGCGAGCCAGAAGAAAGCUGUUGGAGAGAGCCAGACAGGCUGGUUUGGGUGCAUUCCGUGGGCCCAAGCAAACAGGCGUAACCAAACCUAUUGUCAGAGAGAUGUGGGACACAGAGGAAGGUCCAAAUGAUGAAGAGGAAGACCUAGGGGAUCUGCAGCAGCCGCCGUCGCUGACACUACAGCGUGCUCAGUCUGCUACUGAAGCUGAGCCGGAGGAGAAGAUUGAGCAGCCUGAUCUGCCACUAAGCCAUAGCAGCCCAGUUGAGGAGGGGCCUGGGAGCCUUCAGCAUGACACUGAGACUGCCUCAUCCCUAUCAAGGCCUGAACCAGAGGCAGACCCUGACCCCGACCCUGACCUGGAAGGUGACCCCCACGGAGAGGAGUCCCAUCCCUGCCAGCAUUGCGAGCGCCAUUUCUCCACCAAACAGGGCCUAGAGCGCCACACACACAUCCAUGCCACUGCAAACCAGCAAACACACACAUUCAAAUGCCGCUACUGUGGCAAGUCCUUCGGCUCGCAGGUGGGGCGUCGGCGCCACGAGCGGAGGCAUGAGAACGGGCCAAAGAACAAAGGCCAAAGGCCUGGCUCACUAGCUGGGACUGCUACUUUACUCACUCCUCUGGGGCAGGCUGGUGGCCACUAUGUGGUCAGGGGCUCCCCUGUCCCUGGAGGACCUAUGCAGAGCCUUGAGGUUGUGAGGAAGGACCCUGCGGCUGAGAGUGACCGGCCCUUUAUCGUGGAUGAGAAUGGUGAGACAAAGGAGCUUCAUCCUUGCAAGUACUGUAAUAAGGCUUUCGGCACUCAUACCAACAUGCGCAGACACCAGCGCAGAAUCCACGAGCGCCACUUAUUGCCCAAGGGUGUCCGCAGGAAAGGCAUGCUGCUGCAGGAAAGCCCAUCCCAGCAGCAUCAUCUGCCUGAACAGUCCCCUAGCGCCAGCCCACCCCUCGUCUAUGUGCCCAGUGCAGACACUGAGGAUGAGGGGGACCGAGAGGAGUACAUGGUCGACAUAUCCAAUAACAUCUCAGAGAAUCUCAGCCUGUACAUCGACGGCAAGAUCCUGUCCACUAGUUCAGUCAGCGGCUGUGAGGUGAUCGAAGUGGACUCCAGUUCUGCAGCACUGUUUGGUCUCGAUGCAGUGAUGAUCAGCCCCAAUCAGAUCAGUCAGGCUCUCAAAGUGGACACCAGGACAUGUGCUGUGAAGCAGGUCUCGAAUCUCAGCCAGCCCAUGACGAAAAGGAGAACGUCGACACCCCCGCUCAUGCCCAGUCUUAAAAUGGAGUCUGAAACUGGGUCCUCUUCCGCCUCCUCGUCUUCCUCAUCCGCCUUGUUGGUGGGAAGUGUCUUCCCUCAGUCCUCAGACUCAUUAGCAUUUCAAAAGGAGAAAACGGUUUAUCUGUCUCCUAAGCUCAAACAGCUCCUCCAGACCCAGACAGACAAUCAGAAACCCACCAUCACCCUGAUAGCAGAGAGGCACAGAUUAGCUCCCCCUCUCUCCGUUACAUCGCUGCCUGCAGCCUCAGGCAGGUUUAAGAGAAGAACAGCUUCCCCCUCCUCAUCUCCACAGUGCAGCCCUGCGCUGAAAGCAGACGGCUGUAAGAGCGAGGCGGGGGUCUCGUCGUACACCCUCAAAGUGCCAAAUCUGGAGAGCCUGGGCAUGUCCCCUGCCUGGAGUCUGUCCAGCAAGGAGGAGAGGGACACUGUGAGUCCCAGCGGGAAGGAUGGGUGCAGCUGGCCUGCCUCUCGGACCGGAGGGAACUCGUGUAAUCAGCAUCCCUUGGACCUGUCCAGCGGCAUCAGCAAGAGGAGUGACAGCUUCAGCAAGACGCCCGGGGAGGCAGUGCUGGAUUUAAGCAUGAGUCGGAAGAGUACAGCGGAGCCAGAGUCUAAGGGAAGUCCAUCUCCGGCACAGCCCCCCACCAAGAAGAAGAAGCCCAACACCAGCAUGCUAGAGAAAGUGUUGAUGAAUGAGUAUGCUGGCUUAAACCCAGCAGAAGAGGAGGGCUCUUCUCCCUUGGGAAGCCCAGAUUCUCAGUAUACUUCAGGCAGUGGUACAGGCACCGCUUCUCACAGUCCCUCUUCCAAUCUGCCCUCUGAAUCAGCCCAUCCCUCUCCUCCCUCUCUAACGCCUGUCACUAUGAAUCCCUCCUCCCCUUGCGGCUCCAGUCUGACCUCUCCAACGCCACCUCCCCCUGUCCUACCCACCAUGCCCUCACCAGACUGCCCUACGCUCAGCUCUCUCCCUGUCCUCUCCCCCAAAAUGUCCCCCAGAUCCAUCGACCAUGGUGAGGAUGAGCCAGUUUGCAUAUCGAACUCUACCACAGCAGAGACAAUGUUAGCUGCAGUAAGUAACAGUUAUAGAGAUGAGGAACAUAUCACUAAGCCAAUAGACUCCACCCACAAUACAGAUCCCCUUACCAGGGAAGCUAUAUCAAGCCCCUCUACAGAGCCCUCCUCUGUAUCUGAUGCUGUCGCUCUGAGUCAGUCCUCAACACAAUCGAAACCUGCAAGGAUUGGGAACCAAAGUUCGGUGGAUGUCCAAAUUAAUCAAGACCUGGAACCGAUUAUUACUGAGGGACAGGAGAAAUCCCAAUGCUCUGAACUCCCUGUUUUAUCAUCCGUAACAGAAUCCCUCCUCUCUGCCUCGUCGACCUCGCCUGCUGCCAUAUCAGAUAUCCCAGCUCCACCAGUGGUCUCCCCACCAUCACUCUCUAGCACUGUGAUUAAAGGGGAGCCCCAGCACAAUGAUCAGCUGGCUGACUUAGUCCUUUCUCCUAGUGGCACAGGGUCUUCACCUCUGUCUGCUGCUGCUGACUCGUCGUUGUCGGAAGAGGAGGAAGAGGGAUCGGAGCCAGAGCCCUUCAGUAAGAAAUUUGUGUGUAAUGUGUGUGAGGACCCCUUCCGUUCCAUCAAAGAGCUCAGUCGGCACAUCCUAGAGCACGCCGCUGAGUGGCCCUACAAGUGUGAGUUCUGUGUGCAGCUGUUCGGGAACGCCCCGGCUCUGCUGGAGCACCGCACGGCCCUCCACGGCGUGGGACGCAUCUUUGUCUGCUCCGUCUGCUCUAAGGAGUUUGCCUUCCUCUGCAACCUCCAGCAGCACCAGAAGGACCUGCAUCCCAGCCAGCCGUGCACACACACAGCGGUGGAGAGCGGCAAGCCGAGGCCACAGAACUACACAGACCCAGCCAGGGCCAAAGAGGAGAGUAACCCGUCCUCAACCACAGCCAUAGGGCCCGAGUCCUCUGCUGAAGUUGCCUCCUCCCAGGGGGUCUCCGAUGUGAAGAAAGAGGAGCAGCCUGAUACUAAUGGGAAGCAUGAAGAGGAUGGACUGGAGGACCCAACUGAAGAGCUGUACACUACUAUAAAGAUCAUGGCCUCUGAGGGAGGCAAGCCUAAAGGCCCAGAUGUACGUCUGGGCAUUAAUCAACACUACCCCAGUUUCAAGCCACCCCCAUUCCCCUACCACAACCGCACGGCUGCAGGCUCGGUGGCCUCGGCCACCAACUUCACUACACACAACAUCCCCCAGACAUUCAGCACUGCCAUCCGCUGCACCAAGUGCGGCAAGAGCUUCGACAACAUGCCCGAGCUGCACAAGCACAUACUAGCCUGUGCCAACGCCAGUGAUAAGAGGCGGUACACUCCCAAGAAGAACCCCAUCCCUCUCAGACAGAUAGUGAAGCCUCAGAACGGAGCUCUGUCCCCUGCCUCUGCUGCCAACGCAGGGCACAACGCCUUCCGCAGAAUGGGCCAACCCAAGAGGCUCAACUUCAACCAAGAACCUCCUGGCAAAACCAAGAUGAGUUCCCUCGGUAAGAAGAAGAACCAGCUGGUCCAGAAGGCUGUAACUCAGAGGAAUGAGACUGCUGCUACUGCUAACAAGGCCCCUAGCCAGGUUAAAGAGGAGACGCCACAAGAGCAGGAGGUCCACGUAUGCCCUCACUGCAGCCGAGAGUUCACCUACCCUGCCAGCCUCAGUAAACAUAUAGCAGGCAGCUGCCCCAUGAAGCCUGUCUCUAAAAAGGCCAAAAAGGGAGCAGCAGCAGAGGCAACACCAGCUGUAGACAAAAACAUGAGCCUUCGAAGGAGAACCACAGACUCUGAGAUCCAGCAGCCAGAGCCGGUUCCCAAAACGCUUAGCAAAACCCGGGCUCGCAACUCUGGACCUGUCCCUGCGGAGGCUGAGGCCCCACCACCGGUGGGUAAAGGAAAGACGGCUGCCACACAGGUGUGCACCAAGAGGCCAGCCUCUUUCCCAGCUGCCACAGUUUCUCUCAGCAAGAAAAGUAAAAAAGGCAAAGUUCAAUCCUUACCCCCCACCCCGUUGCCUUCCGAGACUCCCAGUGACUCUGCACUGCGGCCAGCAGCUCAGACAAAGCAACGCAUGGGCAAGGAAGUGCAACCCAAGAAGGGAGCAGAGGUGAAAUCACCCCCACAGCAGCAGUCUCAGGUGCCGCCUAAGAAAGAAGGGGAACGGUUCUCUCUGCGAGCGAGGGAGAGAGCUGUUGGGCCGGUGACCCGGAGCCUACAGAUGGCCAACACUGCAGCUCCUGUGGAGGUGAAAACAGAGGACCUCUCCAGCCAGGAGGCUAAAGAGACCCAGGAGUACUUGCUGAAAUGAACCAGGUAGGGCAAUGUGGAUUCUGAGGAUUAAGAAGUCCCUGGCUAGGAGGAUGACUCUGUGCUGGCUCACCUCUGAGGAGAAACUCUGGCCUUCCCAAGACUCUGACAAACAGACAGGUAGAGAGACGGACAGACAGGAGGAUCUGGAGGUGGGCUGGCUCAGUUAAAGGACAACGUGAACUCUGCUCCCAUCACAUCACAUCACAUGCUGUGUUGGCUGAACAGAGGGAGGGGCACCUGUCUCUACAUCACUCUCUGUGAAAUGAGCCUGAGACAAAAAAGUAACGAUUAACAGACUGUUAAUGACAAUGAAUAAAUAUAAUAUAUAUAUAAAUAUAUAUUGUAAGUCAUAACUUGACUCGUAACAUUGAUAUUGGGGUUCCGUAACGGUUAAAAGCUGAUAUUGCAAAUGGCAAUCAUUUAUAUCCGUUCACAAAACUGGUCUGGUGUUUCUUUCCCUCCGUUUUCAUGUUUCCCUUGUUUGGUCGUUGAGAUGUCGGAGGAUUCAACAGUCUCUUAAUGCAUGUGCUGAAUCCAGUAUAACUAGAAAGAGCCCUUGUCCCUCGUCUGUGUGUCCCAUGUUAAGUCCUGCACCUACUUUAAUUAAUGUAAAUUAAUAUGUAAUGUUCCGUUGAGAAUACAUUGUAGAAUAUCUCUUUUAAGCAGAUUUUUUAAUUUUUGUUUGGGAAGCCAAGAUAAAACUGAACUGUUUUCAACUGUAGAAAUAGGUUGUCAGAAACGGCGUGUCCCAAGAGUGUGUGUAUAUGUGUUCAAAUGUGCGUAUGGGUAGGCUUGUACCGUAUGUGUGGGCUGACAACCGUUUGCCCCUUGAUCUCAAAGUUUGAGAUGUCUGUUUUCUCUCUGGCAUGUUUUCCUUAUUUUGCUUAUCAGAGGUGUACCAGUAGGGCACCCUGCCACAACUAGAACAAUGCAUCCGUACACCUCUGACAGUUAGUUCCCUGAGAAGGGAUGGGGAAGAAACACUGCCACUUAUCCAGUUUAUUGACAUUGUGGAUUUCUCAGAGGCUCACAUUUUGAUGUCAUACAUAGUUAUAAGUAGUCCCGUCUUGUCUGAAAGCACUUUAAAAAGAACAUCUGCCAAACUGUUUUGAUUUGAUCGGUAUGAAUCCUUAAAUUAUGUGGGUUUAAAUGUGAAGAAUGGGAUGUUGACAUUUCUAUUGCAUAUGACUGAAACUGGGUUGCCUCAGAAAGUCUUUGAAAUGUAGUCAUUGGAAUAUUGCCCUCAUUUAAGACUCCCUAUAGAUUAGCAUGUUUGUAUUGUUCCCAAGACUUGAUUUCAUCUGUAUGAUGUAAUCAAAUGCAUUAAUCUGAAAUAUGUAGCAGCGAUAAUCAUGAGUGGAGGAUUGCCAAAAUGUUCCACCAUGAUGAUGUUCGGAAAUAUUAGAAAAGGUUUGAAAAUUGUCCUGGCUGUAGAUGUGGAGAGCAGUAGCCACCCAGUAAUAAGGAUGGCAUUGAAAAGUUGCUUCAGUUCUAAUGUUCCUUGCAGCGGUUAACAUGCCACAGUAAGGUAAUUGGAUUGCUGGUUAUUUCUGUACCUAAAGUCAAGGGUGGCUGGGAGGUAGUGUAUCUUCUUUAAUGGGAUCUACAUGUAGGCCUGUUACAUGUUAUAACAUACUUUGACAAAGUAUUGUACUUUGAUUAUGAUUAGUCUCUAUCUACCCCAUGAUCUGCUAUGUAGAGGGAUUCUCCCAUCUCUCCCUGUUUACAAUGUUCACUCCACUGUUGCUCCUUCUGGACCAUCUGCCUUUUACAGCUGAGGUAGAAGAGUGGGAUACGACUCAAGUGCUUGUAGCAUGUUUGAAAAAAACUGUAAUUGAACUAUAUAUAUUAGAAAGCUAAUUUAUAAUAUUUCCGUUGCCUUCCUGCAUCGGUAUUCCUGAUAAUUCUCUUCGGAGUGAAAUUAAUGGAGAAUCUUCUAAUAUAUGUUUGAGGAUGAAUGAACAAAGACAUAUCCCUGUUGACAUCAUUAUGUAAAACAUAUUGUUCUAAUUGAUAUAUUAAAGCCUUUUUCAAUUUGG